UGCGAGACAUGGGCCCCUCCCUUACGACCUUUUCUGCUUCAGUUACCAUGAUCGACCCUUCUGCUGUUAUAUAACUUGAAGCCCUCACAUUCCUCCACUAAGUCUGCUCAGCCUCCCCUUGAGGAGGGACUGACCUCUGUCGACAGCGCCAAACAUCAGCCUACUGGUCCAAAACCAGACCGCGACCUGCUACAGGUCUUCUCUCACAAUGGCGCCUAUAAUCCCCACCAAAACCCUCCCCUCGGCGCUCACUGGCCUUCUCCACAUUCGGCAGGCAACCGUGACCGUGAUCUCGGGCAGCAACCCGACCCCUGCGCCUCAAGAAACCACCGACCCGACCGACGCCACCACCCUAACAGGCGGCGCCAUCGCGGGCAUAGUCAUCGGCUCCAUCGCCGGCCUGCUGCUUCUGAUUUGGAUCAUCCGCUCGUGCACCAACCUCGGCGCGCCCCCGGGCAGCGAGGAGCGGCCGGGCCGGCCGUGGUACGGCGGCGUCCGGGACGAGUACCCCGCGCGCCACACCAGUCGCAGUCGCUCGCGUCACAGUCAUCAUCAUUAUCAUAGUGGGCAUCAUCAUCAUCGUGACGGGAGGAGGUCGCGGAGAGCAUCGGUUGUCGCGGUUGAGCAGCCUGUGCAGGUUGCUGAGGUCUCCCCGGUCGUGGUUAGGGAGAGCAGGAGGAGUACGAGUCGAGGGCCCGCGCCGCAGGGGUAUUAUGGCUAUGGGGAUGGCGGGGUGAGGGGGAGUAGGAGUCGGAGUCGAGGGAGGUACUGAGCUGAGUUGCAUGGGAUAUGAUAUGAUAUGAGAGGGGAUGUGAGAAAUGGUUUUGGCUGGUAUAUAUGUGGACAGGCUAGCCGGGGAUGAUCAACCAGUGACUCCUAAGGGUGCAACCGUAGUGCGGUUCAUUAGAUAUAUUAUGUUUGUCUGUUCUCCGGGCGAAGGUGUCAGGGAA